UGUAGAGUGACCCAACCUCACUGAGCGAUGUGGGUAUAUGUCUGGGUCUGGUAAGGAGAGGGUUCCUGCCCCCUCCCCCUCCGAGACAUCUGGAUCCAAGAUGUCUUGGAUCUGCCAGUGACUGGGAGAGGACUGGGAGGAGCAAGGGAGGACAGGGUAAAUCCCCCCCUCCUUCAGCCCCAGGUAACAAACCGAUGAGACUUCUCCAAACAAAGUUUGGUAGGCAGCAGCUGAGGGGGGAGGGCCAGGGAGAGGCCAUCCACGCCCACUCCCCAGCCCCCCCCUCACAGCCUCACAGACUCUGGCUGCAGCCCCACCCAACACAGACGCCACCCGCCCAUCCUGUCCCUGUCCCUGAGUGUCCCUGCACUAGCUACCAGGUGAGAAGGACCCAGGCCUGGGGGAAUAAGGAACCAGGAGGACAAGUGGGUCUGAGGGAAGAAUCUGAGUCCCCAGGGUAGGGGUGUGGGGGGCUCUGAAGGCUAAAGGGGAAUGGACAUAAGAAGGGUCAAGGUGGAUCCAGGAGAAGGAGGAGGAGACAAAGCCAAGACAAUUGAGUGGGAGGGGGAGAGGUUGGGCCAGCUGUGCUGCAGAGGGAGCCAGCCUCAGGCAGGGUGCUGUGGGAAGGGACCUGGGGGCCUGGAGGCUUAGGAAUCCGGCUUUGGAGGGCUUCAAAAGAAAGUGCAGGGUGGAAAGCGGGAUGAGCCUGGGCUGGGAGAGUGGGAGGAGGGAAGGCAGAAGUGGGACCUGAAGGAGGGGAGUUGGAGUGGGAAGUCAGUUGGAGCCCCAGGAACCUAAAAACUGAAGGACUCGGGACUCAGGGAGUAGGGGAGACAGUAGACGGCGUCCAAGUAAAGAGUAUGGGGUCAGGGUGACUCAGGUCAACUCGGUGGAGGGUAGGGGAUGGACAGAGAGGGCUGGGGAGGGUGGCGCAAGACGCUGGGACCGGGAGUCCAAGGAAGGGAGUGGCCUGCGAGAAAGACCUUAGGAGAGAGGACUGGGGGCUAGGUCAGGAAUGAGCAGGUGGGAGGGGACGGGAACCUGAGCAAGGGCCGGUGCGGAGGAGGUGGCCGGGCGCGGAAGGGAACGCAGAGUUGAGUCGGCUCCGCACCUCUCCACCCCCGCCCGCAGCUUGCAGCCCGGCCCCCCAGUCCUCGGCCCUCAGGCCCUGGUCGCGUCUAGCCCCUUCUUUCACUCGACCGGCCGGGGCGCCGCGAUGACCGUCACGUACACAGCCCGCGUGGCAAACGCGCGCUUCGGCGGCUUUUCGAAGCUGCUGCUGCUGUGGCGCGGGAGCAUCUACAAACUUCUCUGGCGCGAGCUGCUCUGUUUCCUCGGACUCUACAUGGCGCUGAGUGCCGCCUAUCGCUUCGUGCUGACCGAAGAGCAGAAGCGCUACUUCGAGAAGCUCGUCAUUUACUGCGACCAGUACGCCAGUCUCAUCCCGGUCUCUUUUGUGCUCGGCUUCUAUGUGACGCUGGUGGUGCACCGUUGGUGGAACCAGUACCUAAGCAUGCCCAUGCCCGACCCGCUUAUGUGUGUGGUGGUCGGCACAGUGCAUGGGCGCGACGAGCGCGGCCGCCUCUACCGACGCACGCUUAUGCGCUACGCAGGGCUCUCCGGUGUGCUUAUCCUGCGCUCGGUGAGCACAGCAGUCUUCAAGCGCUUCCCCACCAUAGACCACGUGGUGGAGGCAGGUGAGGCUCGAGCCACAAGUCAGGUGGGGGGGCGGGGAGGGCGGGACCAGGUCGCGGCAGGGACAGAGAAUAAACCCCCUGACCUCGCCUCUCCAGGGUUUAUGACUCGCGAGGAGCGCAAGAAGUUUGAGAACCUAAACUCGCCCUACAACAAAUAUUGGGUGCCCUGCGUCUGGUUCUCCAAUCUGGCGGCGCAAGCUCGGCGUGAGGGCCGCAUCCGCGACAACGGCGCCCUGAAAUUGCUGCUCGAGGAGCUGAAUGUGUUUCGGGGCAAGUGUGGGAUGCUCUUUCACUACGACUGGAUUAGUGUACCCCUCGUCUACACCCAGGUGGUGACCAUCGCAGUAUACAGCUAUUUCCUGGCCUGCCUCAUCGGUCGCCAGUUCCUGGACCCAGCCCAGGGCUACAAAGACCAUGACCUGGACCUGUGCGUGCCAAUCUUUACCCUGCUGCAGUUCUUCUUCUACGCAGGCUGGCUCAAGGUAGCUGAGCAGCUGAUCAACCCCUUUGGAGAGGACGACGACGACUUUGAGACCAACUUUCUGAUCGACCGCGGGUUCCAGGUGUCAAUGCUGGCCGUGGAUGAGAUGUACGACGACCUAGCCAUGCUGGAGAAGGACCUGUACUGGGAUGCAGCAGAAGCUCGCGCUCCCUAUACCGCAGCCACCGCUUUCUUGAGGCAGCAGCCCUUCCAGGGCUCCACCUUCGACAUCACGUUGGCCAAGGAGGACAUGCAAUUCCAGUGGCAGGAGGGCAUGGACGCGCCACUGGGGGAUGCACAAGGCGACUUACUGCAGCGUCUCCUGCCCAUGGGCGCGGGCAUGACCUCGGGAGGCCUGCUAGGUCGGCGCCUGUCCUUGCUGCGCCGAAAGAACAGCUGCGUAUCAGAGGCAUCUGUGGCUGGCAGCUGCGCGUGCUCGGGCGCCCCUGAUGGUACGGCUCCAGAGUGCGGUUGCGGGGACACACUGCUGGAUGUAGGCCAGCGGGAGCCGGAGUCUGAGCCACCCCCUGGCCUGGAGCCUCCUGUCCCAGGGCUGCCCACCGAGCCCUUCACUGUUGCGCCAAUCCCUGGGUCCCGAGGGCCGGCUCCACCCUGGCUGCCCAGCCCCAUUGGUGAGGAGGAGGAAAAUCUAGCCUGAGACCUUUGAACACUGGAUCCCCAAGGACAGGGGAUGGAAUCCCCUCACAGCCCACAGGCAGCAGUUUGGGUCUGCAUGAGCGGUGUGUUGUGGCAGCUUCUUACCUGCCUGCUAAGUGUACCUGCCUUUACAUUUGGCAGAGAUUUGGAGAGCCUCUUGUGGGCCAUGCACUAAACUAAGGGUGGGGUGUUCUUCCAGCUUCUCUGAACUGUGGGUUCUUAGCACCUGCAGCUUUACUUCCUACCCCCUCCUGUGUGAGAGGCCACUAUUGCCUUUCUUCUCUUUAAAAUGGACAUAUGAAUGAGUGCUCACCUCAUUGAGUUGUGAGGAUGAAAUGAAAUGCAGCUUUAAAGUGUUUGGUUUUAUAAUAGGUGCUCAAUAAAAUGUCAGUGGUUUUUACUCAACUCAUGCCAGGCAUUAUGCUAAGUUUUGAGAAUUCCUCCAGACUAUUUGAUGAUGCUAUACCCAUUUCUUCCCAAAUUCUGUUUUCUUGGAGUUCCCUGGUGGCACAUCAGGUUAAGGAUCUGGCAUUGUCAUUGCUGUAGCUGAGGUUGCUGCUGUGGCAUGGGUUCAAUCCCUGGCC